CUCCCCUCCUCCCCGCGGGAAAAACCAGCCAUACGAAACCGCGCCCCGUUCCUCCUCCCUCCGCUCCGCUCCAACCGCCGCGCCGCGCGCUCGCCUCCCCCUCCCGCCUGCCACGGCGCAUUCCCCGACCCCCACCAGCGAGCGAUCGCGGUCGCUGUGGCGAUCGCGGUCGCGGUCGUGCUCCGACGUCGCGGUCCCCAUGCCGUCGUCGUCCUUCUCCUCCUCGGCGGCGCCCUCGCCGACGCCCUCGGAGCGGGCGGAGGCGCCGCGGUCGCCCACCCCGCCGGCGCCGCCGCUGGUGGGUGCGCUCAUCGAGUCGCUUUCGUUCCGCGGCUGCGGGUUCGGCCGCGCCGCCGCGUCCGCGUUCGAGAAAGAGGACCUGCGGUCGCGGGCCGCGCUCCCGCGGCGCCUCCGCGCCGCCGUGCACGCCGCGAUGCGCGCCAGGGACCCCGCCGCGGGCGCGUUUGCGCUAGACGACCGCGACGGCGCGUGCAACCCGUGGUUCGACGCCGCGGCGCACGACGACGCGCCCGAGUCGCCGCUCGUCGCCUUCGUCAACCCCCGCAGCGGCGGCCGCCUCGGCCCCGUCCUCAAGACCCGCCUCCAGGAGCUCAUCGGCGAAGACCAGGUUUUUGAUCUUACUGUUGUGAAGCCUUCUGAAUUUGUGGAAUAUGCUCUGGCUUGUUUGGAACAACUUGCCGACUCUGGGGAUCAUAGUGCGGGGUUUGUUCGCAAUAAUCUGCGAGUCAUGGUUGCAGGAGGUGACGGAACAGUAGGUUGGGUGUUGGGAUGUUUAGGAGAAUUAUAUGUUCAGAACAGGGAGCCUGUUCCUCCAGUUGCUGUUAUACCACUUGGAACCGGAAACGAUCUCUCCAGAAGUUUUGGUUGGGGUGCUUCAUUUUCAUUCUCAUGGAAAGCAGCUGCUAAACGGUCUCUCUACAAGGCUAUUUUCGGCUCGGUUUCUUGUUUAGACAGUUGGCAUGUUGUUGUUUCUAUGCCUGAAGAUGGAGAAGAAGAAAAGGAAGAAUUGGACCUCCCUCAUUCGCUUCGGCAUCUUGGAGGGUGUACAUUUUUUGAUGAUGGCACUGCUAAGGGAGAAUUGCCUGAAACAGUCUCUUGCUUUGAUGGUGUGUUCUAUAAUUACUUCAGCAUAGGAAUGGAUGCUCAAGUGGCUUAUGGAUUUCACCAAUUACGUGAUGAGAAGCCAUUUCUUGCAAAUGGACCUUUAUCCAAUAAGUUAAUUUAUGCAGGAUACACCUGCAAGCAAGGAUGGUUCUUUACACAGUGUAUUAGUGACCCUGAAUUAAGGGGAUUGAGGAACAUUAUCUGUUUAUCAAUCAAGAGGAUGGACAGCUCUGAGUGGGAGAGCAUUCCUGUACCUUCGAGCGUGAGGGCUAUUGUUGCGUUAAACCUUCACAACUACGCAAGUGGAAGGAACCCAUGGGGAAAUUUGAAGCCUGAAUAUUUGGAGAAAAAAGGCUUUGUUGAAGCCCAUUCAGACGAUGGCCUUCUUGAAAUAUUUGGACUGAAGCAAGGGUGGCAUGCUUCUCUCGUGAUGGUUGAACUUAUAUCUGCAAAGCACAUAGCUCAGGCAGCAGCAAUCCGGAUAGAGAUCAAGGGUGGCCAAUGGCGGGACGCCUUCAUGCAAAUGGAUGGGGAGCCGUGGAAGCAACCACUUAGCUCUGAGUAUUCCACAUUUGUUGAUAUAAAGAAGGUGCCUUACCCCUCACUGAUAAUCAAUGGUUAAGACCGUUAGCUGGAGACCAUUUUUUUUUUUGGUGGCGUGGCCUAGCUUGAGCGGCCAAGAAAAUAUUUUUGGCUUCCAGCUUGGAGCUCGAUGAACUCCAGGCACAACCUUGAUCACGGUUACCUGAAACCGUAACUGUAUAUUGAGUUGAGCAUGUAUGUGGAAAACAAAAUGAAGCGGUGUCUCUGCUAUGCUUUGAUCGCAAUUCUGUCUGAAAUUACAUGUACUGCAUGAAGCUACUGUUGGAGAUAUAUUCUCUAAUCUGAA